AUGGUGUCCAGAGUUGUCGCGACUCUUCUGGUCUCGGCCAAUCUUCUCACCGCGGGCAACUGCCUGCGUGAGUCUACUAAUCACGAUCCAGCGCCUUACAUCAACCCUUCGUCUACCUUUCAAUUGGAGAAGGCAACAUACUUCAUCCCCGAGUCGCCCGUUGCCCGUCUCGAGUUCCCUGCCCACAUCCGGGUCAUCAACCUCCAAGCCGGUGCCUCACAGUCGCUUCUAACAGUUUUCACAACAAACACGGCCACCAUCGACUCCGAGGCCCUCCAAUCCUGGUCAAACCAGUACGCCAACCUCGACGAUGUCUGGACUCCGGCCUUCCUCGACACCGUGGCCCUCAAAGCGCCGGCCAACUCAACCCUCACCCCCGACGGCUACGACUGGCUCGCAGAGCAAGGUGUAAAGCAACUCCUCCACCCCACAGAUCUUCAAAGUACCGCCGCGCCGCAGUCCAACAUCAUCAGACUCCCAGCCGAGGAGAUCCCUCAGGACCUCAACCCGGGUCCUUACGUCAUGGAUAUACAAAACCACCAGAUCACGUUCCGCGAGGUGUACCGCAUGUACGAGGACCAACUUCAGGCCUUCACCCAGGGCGUCGUCCCUCUCGCGGGCUCGACCGCCUUCUCUGCCGUCAGCUUCCACGACUCCAGCACACAGGCGCUUCUGGUCCCUGUGCCUUCGCGAUUGUAUAGCUUGCACGACACCAGACCCCUGGCGGGCCUGCGCAUGGCCGUAAAGGAUCUCUUUGAUGUGGAAGGAAUCAAGACGGCCGGCGGGUCGCGGGUGUAUCUCGAGAUGUACCCGGCGCGCAAUAAGUCCGCCGUCGCGGUGACCAAGCUUCUGGAGCUCGGCGCGGUCGCAGUUGGCAAAACCAAGACGAGCCAGUUCGCCUUCGGAACUGAGCCGUGGAAGUGGCAAGACUUCAAGUACCCCUGGAACCCCCGGGGCGACGGCUGGUUGGACGUCGCGUUCUCAUCGUCAGGCAGCGGUGCUGCGAUUGCCGGUUACGACUGGAUCGACUUUGCCAUGGGCAGCGACACUGGCGGUAGCGUCCGAAUGCCGGCGGCUCUGGGAGGGAGUUAUGGGAUUCGGCCGACUCACAAUGGCAUGAGUCUUACUGGAGCGUUGCCGUUGGCAAACCCGUUUGAUACGGCUGGCAUCUUUGCGCGUGACCCUAAGCUGUUUGCUGGUAUAAGUCGUCACUGGUAUGCCGAUGGUCCAUCGCAAGCGGACAAGACUUUCACCUCCUUUCCAAAGAAACUGCUGUACCCGGUCGACUACCUUCCCCUCGCAAACCCCGACGCCCAGGCCGCAUUCGAUUCCUUCAUCGAGACAUUGGAACAAGAAUUCGACAUGCAAAAGCAGACCAUCAACCUCACCGCAACCUUCGCCGAGUCGGACAAACCGUACAUCGCCAACGCCGCCAAAGAAAUGGGCGGCGCCUUCAACACGAUAGUCAUGUGGGACUCCUGGACGGACCUCGGAAAAGAGCUCGUAUCGCGGUGGAACGCGACCUACCCGGACGCCGGCUUCCCUCCCUUCGACAACGAGACCCGUUCCAACUACGCCCGAGCGCGCACCUCGACGCAGGAGAUCUACGACGAAGCCGUCAAGCGAAAGGCGGACUUCCGCGAGUACGCGGAGGACGCCUUCAUGCGGCCGUCGGAUGAGACGUGCUCCGAGUCGAUCAUGGUUCUCGAGUCCGGCGCCGGCGGUCUGCCGUCGUAUCGCGAAGAGUUCCUGAACCGGCAGCCCGGGGCCGGAUUCCUUUACAUGACGGACCCGAAGGAGUGGUUGACCCCCUUGGUCAUCUCGCCGCUGAUGUCGGCUCCGCAGAUUAGUGUCCCCAUCGGUCAGGUCACGUAUCAGAGUUCGAUCAGCUUGCAGACGGAGUAUCUCCCUGUGGUGAUUGAUUUCAUGGCUCAUAACGGAUGUGAUGGCAUACCACCCUCCAACACCCCCGUCCUCCAGCCAUCGCAAAGAAUCACAUCUCAAACCUCCUCGUCGUACUCCUCCUCGAACCAAACACCCGCAACAAUGGCCAAGCAAGCCGGCCUCGGCCUAGCCUCGAUAGUCUUCCUCUCAGGCUCCAUCGUCCUCCUCCUCUUCGUAAUCCUCUCCGCCGUCCGCGAUGCCGCCCCCCUGAACAAUACCUACUUCCUCCAGGCCGACACCACCGGCAUCACCGGCGCCCGCCAGGGCCUCACCCGGUGGACCUACUUCUACUACUGCGGCGACCAGAACAACGACUGCUGGGGCCCGUGGCCCGCCCCGGCCUUCGGCUGGGCCUGGGGCGAGAACGCCGACAACGUCCCCUCCGGCCUCGCCGGCGGCCAGGGCGGCGGCACCACCAGCACCGAGUUCUACUACCUCUGGCGCUUCGGCUGGGUCAUGUACCUCAUCGCCCUCUUCUUCAUGGCCCUCGCCUGGUUCGCUAGCUUCCUCGCCUGCUGCGGCCGUCUGGGUUCCGCCAUCGCCUUCCUCGUCUCCGGCGCCGCUUUGUUCUUCCUCACCAUCGCCGUCUCGUUGAUGACCGCCACCUUCGUCAAAGCCCGCAACGCAUUCCUCUCCGCCGGCCGCGAAGCCACCAUCGGCACCUACGCCUUCGGCUUCAGCUGGGGCGCCUGGGCCGCGCUCCUCAUCGCCACCGUCCUCUUCUGCAUCGGCAUCCGCGGCGAGAAGGGCGGCUACAAGGGUCCCAGCCGCUUCAGCCGCAAGCGCAGCGUCCGCAGCCGCCGCUCCUUCGACGUCGGCUCGAGCCGUCGGGUCAAGGAUGAUUACGCCUAA